AUGAGUAGCGCACCAAUUGUCCUCGAUGUCGGCGGGACGCGCUUCAAGACGUCGUGGGCGACACUGCGCUCGGUACCUGGCUCGCGCUUUGAUGCGAUCGCGUCCGGCCAAUGGCUGCCCGAAAGCGACGGAAGCUUCUUUUUGGAUCUAGACCCAAAGUACUUUGACCGUGUCCUCAACCACCUCCGCUGCGGAGCGUCGCUGUACGCAGGCCUCCAGGCGUGGGAAAGGACAGAGGUCGACCGCCUCCGCACGUGCUUGCACCUCGUCUUUCCAAGCCCGGCAAGCAUUCCAUCGUGGGACUAUGUGAGCUGCGGCGCAGGGCUCGAGAUCACGGGCCAUGAGCGUGUACUGGCCGUGCACCACAAAGUACCGUCGAUGCGCUUUGCACGUGGCACGAGCCCGUGCGACCAGUUCUGCGUGCAUUUGACUGCGAACGGCAGUGUGAGCGAUGUGGCGUUGGGCUUUACGACCAUCGAGGGCUUUGAGCCGCAGUACGAGAAAGUGCAGUACGGCAUGGUCGCGCACUGCUGGCACCACCAACGCGUCACGCGGGACGAGGUCCGAGGCGCGUGCUUCCAGGCCAACAACCCGCACAGCGACAGCUUCCCACCCGACAUGGACCUGCUCGUGACGUGGCACCGCCAGAGCCACACGCUAUCGAUCACGUGUGAUGCUGCGGACGUGAGCUUUUCCAUCAUCUUUCCAGCGCCAAGCGCGACGCUGCAGCUGUACCCGGUGGUUGGCCUCUUGCCCGUGCGAACGUCGUCGGUCAGUGACAUGCACGCGGUCCACGGACCCAAGCCCGUCCACAACACGAGCAUUGAAGCUCGCUUGGUGCCCCUGCCCGAGUCUACCGCAUAGCUACAAGAAUCGUACGCACCGUCAAAGCACGCCGCCUUGCGAUUCCUGGCAUUGAAUAUCUUCCGGUUACGUAGCUAAUGCGCGUGAAAUAUUUCCCAUAAAAUGCGUAAGAACAAGAAACACGC